AUGUCCAACCCGAGACCAUAUCAGAGCGUGGGCGACCCGGAUUCUGCAUCCGACGAUGACCUUGACCUGGACGAACUCGACCCUGUUGUUGAUACCCCAAACGUAGCAGGCAGCAGGGUAAAUCCAGAUGCCAACCGGCGCGCCGGAAAUGGGGCUUCGAAUAUCCCUUUACAAAGAUUACACAAGUUUGGCGGACAGAACCUUUGGCGUUCGAAAGGCCGGCAGAACAAAGCGCCCCUCGACGAUGAGGACACGGAAAGACUACUGGACAGUUGGCCCGGACAGUCCCAUGGAAGCGGACAUCUAAGAAGCUGGUCUGAAGAGCAGGUCGGCUGGAAUGUCAGACAGAAGAAACCCCAGGAUUCCAUGCGCUCAAACGCCUCUUACGGCCGCGAUACUCCUUCUCGCCGACCGAGUUUCCGCCAAAGCGUUCAGCUGUCGGACUUCGUCAGGCAAGAGCUGGCAGAUAUGCGGGAGGGUCAAGACCUUGACACGAAAGAAUCCCGUACGGUCGAUGUCGGACAGCCUCAGAAGAGACGCUUCCCGCCCAACAAGGUCUCAAAUGCCAAAUACACUGCGUGGUCCUUCCUACCUCGGACGCUGUACAACGAGUUCUCCUUCUUUCUGAACAUAUACUUUCUGCUGGUCGCCCUAUCUCAAAUCAUCCCGUACCUGCGCAUCGGUUAUAUGUCGACGUACAUUGUCCCACUGGCUUGUGUGCUUACGAUCACCAUCGGAAAGGAAGCCAUAGACGACAUCGCCCGGAGACGACGUGAUGCGGAAGCCAAUUCGGAACUUUUCACUGUCCUGGCUUUCCCUGAUGCAGCAACACGACAGCAAACUCCUUCCAAUGGCCCUGUUGAAGUCCAGAGACGCUCUCGGGAUAUCAAAGUUGGGGACGUGCUAAAGCUCGAGAAGAAUGAGAGAGUACCGGCAGACGUGGUCAUUCUUCAGAGCCAUCUGAGUGAGCGCAUGAACGAGCUCACGACUACCGACACUCCCGAUGGUUCUGCCGCCCCUUUAGCUCAAGCUACUGGAGAGACGUUCAUUCGGACGGAUCAACUCGAUGGUGAGACGGACUGGAAGCUCCGCCUUCCCAGCCCUUUGAGCCAAAACCUGUCUUUGCGCGAUUUCCAGCGGCUGCAGAUCACGGCCGGUGCGCCCGACAAAAAGGUGAAUGAAUUUGUCGGCACACUAGAGCUAAAGCCUAGCGAAGCCGCCGCUUAUGACCCUCAUCUUCGUAAGGAAGACUCUGCAGAGGGCCCCCCGGACUCGGUGGACCUAGAUCGCCCGGCACACAGCAAGCCGCAAUCAGCACCACUCACAAUUGACAACACCGCCUGGGCUAAUACAGUGAUAGCAUCGAGUACCGUCACCUAUUGCGGUGUGGUCUACACAGGUCGGCAAACUCGAUCCGCGCUGUCGACAUCACCGUCCCGAUCCAAAACUGGGCUUUUGGAGAUGGAAAUCAACAACUUGACCAAGAUACUUUGUGUCAUGACCCUUACUCUUUCCAUUGUCCUAGUCGCACUGGAAGGCUUCGAGCCAUCAAAUAGGAAGCCGUGGUAUGUGGCUAUCAUGAUCUAUUUGAUCUUGUUUUCAACCAUCAUACCCAUCAGCUUGCGCGUCAACCUCGACCUGGGCAAAUCAGUCUAUGCGUAUUUUAUUGAACACGACAAGGGCAUUCCAGACACCGUGGUCCGCACCAGCACGAUUCCAGAAGACCUGGGUAGGAUUGAGUAUCUACUGUCAGACAAGACAGGGACUCUGACCCAGAAUGAGAUGCAACUGCGGAAGAUCCACGUUGGCACAGUUGCGUAUGCAGGUGAAGCGAUGGAAGAAGUGGCGGCGUAUGUCAAUGAAGCUUUUGCCCCUGGUGACGACCAAGGCUCCAGAGUGAUGGAACCGGGUUCAGCAACAAAGACUCGACGCGAGAUCGGGAUCCGGGUUCGGGAUCUGGUGCUUGCUCUAGCACUAUGCCACAAUGUCACACCUACCACGGACGAAAUCGAUGGCGAGAAAGUCGUCUCUUAUCAAGCUUCCUCACCUGAUGAGAUCGCCAUCGUAGAGUUCACGGAGAGUGUUGGCCUUCGCGUCCUUCAGCGGGACCGCGAGAAUAUUAUUCUGCAGUCCGUCAGUACCGGUGAGGUGGUCAUUCGAGCCGAGAUCAAAGACAUUUUCCCCUUUACCUCAGACAGUAAGCGCAUGGGCAUCAUCGUCCAGAUUUCCUCAGACGUGCCUGGUUUGACAGGUGCGGAUGAACUCUGGUUUUUCCAAAAGGGCGCAGAUACAGUGAUGACAUCUAUCGUGGCUGCAAAUGACUGGCUAGAUGAAGAAACUGCCAACAUGGCUCGGGAGGGUUUACGGACUUUGGUUGUGGGCAGGAAGAGACUCUCUCAGUCACAAUAUGACGCCUUUGCUUCCGCAUAUGCAGAUGCCUCACUUGCUCUACACGACCGUGACGCACGCGUGGCGGAUGUCGUUAAGUCCCAUCUUGAGCAUGACCUAGAAUUGCUGGGUGUCACUGGUGUCGAAGACCGACUUCAGAAAGAUGUCAAACCGUCACUUGAACUCCUACGCAAUGCCGGCGUCAAGAUUUGGAUGCUCACAGGUGACAAGAUCGAGACUGCCCGUUGCGUGGCUGUAUCCGCCCGACUUGUCGCCCGGGGCCAGCACAUCCAGACAAUGGCGAAGCUCAAAACGAAGACCCAGGCCAAAGACGCUCUGGAUAUGAUGCGUAACCAGAUUGAGUCUUGUUUGCUUAUUGACGGCGAGUCAUUAACCCUGGUGCUCAGCCAGUUCAGGCAAGAGUUUAUCACUGUAGCGGUCCAGCUUCCCGCCGUGAUUGCCUGUCGUUGCUCGCCAACGCAAAAGGCCGAGAUUGCUCAGCUCAUCCGGAAGCACACGAAGAAACGAGUCUGCUGUAUUGGAGACGGUGGUAACGACGUGAGCAUGAUUCAAGCAGCAGAUGUCGGGAUCGGGAUCGUGGGCAAGGAGGGACGACAAGCAUCGCUAGCCGCCGAUUUCAGCAUAACCCAGUUCUGUCACCUCACAAAACUCCUGGUCUGGCAUGGUCGGAACAGCUACAAGAGAUCGGCCAAAUUGGCCCAGUUCAUCAUCCACCGCGGCCUGAUCAUCAGCGUCUGCCAGACGAUGUAUAACAUCGCAGGACACUUCGACCCGAAAGGCCUGUUCAAGGACUGGCUCUUGGUCGGUUAUGCCACGGUGUACACCAUGGCGCCGGUCUUCUCUCUGGUGCUAGACCGAGACGUGGAUGAGCAGUUGGCCAACCUGUACCCGGAGCUCUACAAAGAACUCAAGUCUGGCAAGAGCUUGAGCUAUCAGACAUUUUUUACUUGGGUCCUUGUGUCAGUGUACCAAGGUAUCAUCAUCCAGGGGCUGACGCAGCUGCUAGUGGGCGAGGUCGAUGGUCCUCGCAUGCUCAGCGUCAGCUUCACGGUGCUUGUGUUGAACGAGCUUAUCAUGGUGGCGGUGGCCGUCACGACGUGGCAUCCUAUCAUGAUUUCAUGUAUUCUGGGCACGGCCGCAAUCUAUGCCGCAAGCGUGCCUUUCUUAGGUGGUUAUUUCGACCUUGCAUAUGUCGCCAGCUGGAGUUGGGUAUGGCGUGUUGCUGCGGUGGGAGCCGUUAGUCUUGUUCCCGUUUGGGGAGGUAAGGUGAUCAGGCGUAUGUGGAAGCCGCCCAACUAUCGUAAAGUGCAGGGAAUAUAG